AUGAGCAUUUGUAGAAGGAGCGCUGCAUUAAUUCUGAUAAGGGAUGAUUUUAAUGUCCUACUGUUAAAAAGAAAUAAUGAUCUAUCUUUUGGAGGUUCAUUUGCUUUUCCUGGAGGGGUCUUAGAAGAAACAGAUUAUAAAUUAGCAUAGGCAGAUUCAUAAUAAAUUUAACAAAGUCAUUUGAAAUAUUAUUGCCAUCAAACUCAUUCAUGGUAUGAUUCAUCAUUAAUUGCUGCUAUUAGAGAAACAACUGAAGAAACUAAUAUUCAAUUAGAUUAUAAAUAAUUAUAUUCACAAAUUAAACCAUUCAUGAGAAUAAUUACACCUCAGAUGAUGAAAAAAAGAUAUGACACUUAGUUUUUUAUUUUAAAUUUAAACAAUUAUGAAGCAUUAAAUAUCAAUAAGAAUGAAAGUAUAAGCUAUGAAUGGAAUACUCCUGUUGGAUUUUUAGAAAAAUUUAUUUCUAAUUAGAUAAGCUUAUUUCCACCCAUAUUCUUACAAUUGCUAAUACUUAAAUAAUUAGGCAGUUAUAAAAACAUUCUCACUUUUAUUGAUUCUGGAGAUUCAUUAAAACAUACAUAUCCUCAUAUCUUCUAAUUCAGCAAAAAAGGAAUUCUUAAUUAUCCAGAUCCAAACUACGAUUUAUAAAAGCUGUAAGAAUCUGAACAAACAGACUAUUUAAAAAAUGAAAUCAAAGUCAAAUAUAAUCAAUUAGAAAGAUCAGAUUUUAGAUUUGAAUUAGAGGGUAAUUUAUAAAGGCUGACUGGACAUGUGGGAAAGUUUCAGAAUUCACCAUUAGCAUUUUUGAAUGGUGAAGUUGUUAAAGAUGGUUAAUUUAUAUAAAAUAAGCCAAAAUUUUGA